AUGAUAGGCGGUGCCAUAUUGGUGGUGUUGAUAGCUGGAUAUAUUGCUCGACAGUAUGGUUUACCACCUCCACCACCGAAAAUUGCCGGCAUUGAUUUAGGCACCACUUUUUCAUCUAUAGGAAUUUAUCAUGCUGUAACUGGUGUAACGACUAUAUUGCCAGACGAGAUUGGCAAGCUAUCAGUUCCUAGUGUUGUGGCAUUUUUGCCGAAUGGUACAGUAAUUGUUGGAACUCGUGCUGUUGAGCAACAAGAGAAAAAUCCUCGAAGAACUAUAUACGAUGCUAAGCGAUUUAUCGGGCGUACAUUUGAAAAGAAUAAUGAGAACUUCCUGGCCGAUCAAAAACGAUAUCCAUUUACUAUAAAGUUGGAUGACACCGGUCACGCUUUUUUCGAAGUGCCCUUAGACAGUGGAAACAAGGUUCUUUAUCCAGAAGAUAUUGGUUCCAUUAUAAUCUCAUAUUUGAGGAAGUCCGCUGAAAAGCAGCUCAAAACGCCUCUAAAGCAAGUUGUCAUAUCUGUACCUGCUGAGUUUGGUGAAAAUCAGCGCAAUGUAACAGGGAAAGCGGCAGAAUUAGCAGGAAUGGAGGUACGUCGAGUUAUCUCUGAACCAACUGCAGCGUCUCUUGCUUACGGUUUACACAAGAAGAAAGGCGUUGAGAGUGUUGUUGUUAUAGAUCUUGGAGGAGGAACUUUGGAUGUGUCUGUUCUCUGGCUACAAGGGGGUGUUUUCGUAACCCAGGCUAUGGCUGGAAAUAAUCGAUUAGGAGGACAAGAUUUUAACGAUCGCGUUCAAAAGCAUAUUAUUUCCGUAAUGCAGAACCGUUUUGGGAAGACGAUAACAGAUAAGGAGGAUUUGCAACAGAUUCGUCUAGAAAUUGAAAAGGCUAAACUAAGGCUUACUACGCACCCAACAGCUGAGAUGAAUUUCAACUUGAAAGAAAUUGGAAAGUGGCACUAUCAGUUGCUUCGUGAUGAAUUCGAAGAAUUGAAUGCCGAUCUGUUCAAGUCCAUAGAACAGCCCAUCGAAGCCGCGUUGGCGGAUGCAAAUCUCCAGCCAUCUGAAGUAGACGAAAUAGUCCUUGUUGGUGGAUCUACGCGGAUACCAAAAGUUCGGCAAAUUGUCGGCCACUAUUUUGGGAAACCUCCAAAUUUCGGUGUCGAUCCUGAAUUAGCGGUAGCCACCGGGGCCUCAGUUCAAGCCGGUGUAAUUGGUGGAGGAUGGCCAUUGCAAGUAGCUGCAAUGGAACUUCCAACAAAACGGCGGAAACGGCACUUUUACACGGAAGAGCAGAAGGUGAACGAGAAGGAGAUGAGUGUCUGA